AUGGGGACCCCCAGAUUCCCAGGAGUGCCGACAGGAGAAGCCCUGUUAGUAGAUGCCCCAGACGAUCUUGAAGGGGAGACACGAUUUCCGGCGGGGGCGCUGGUGAGGCCCGAAGUGCAGAGACCAGGGGUGGUACAUGCGAGGCGUAUAGCUAUAAGUGUCAGGAACACCACGGCAAGAGAAAUCACCUUUAAGAGGGGAAUGCCGCUGGCACAUCUGUUCCCGGUGACGGUAAUGUCCAGCGCACUAGUGCGGACCCCUAACGGGGAGGGAUCGGAGCAUCGAAGGGAGCUGACCGCUGAAGCCUUUAACUUCGGGGAUUCCCCAGUGUUGCCGGAGUGGAAACGCAGGCUAGUGGAGAAGAUGCUGAAGAUGGAAGCUGUUUUUUCUCGGGGCGAGUUUGAUGUUGGCUGCUCCAAAAGCACUCGCCACACCAUCCGGGUGACGGAGGACACCCCGUUCCGAGAGAGAUCCCGGCGGCUGGCUCCGGCAGAUGUUGAGGACGUGCGACAGCACUUGUGCAAGUUGAAGGAGGCCGGAAUCAUAGCUGAGUCUCGAAGUCCUUAUGCGUCCCCAAUAGUGGUGGCACGGAAGAAGAAUGGGCGAGUGCGCAUGUGUGUUGACUACAGGACGUUGAAUCGGCGAACUGUCCCUGAUCAAUAUACUGUCCCAAGAGUCGAGGAUGCGUUGGCCUGCCUGAGCGGUGCAAAGUGGUUCAGUGUGCUGGAUUUAAGAAGUGGGUAUUACCAGAUCCCGAUGAGUGCGGCCGAUAAAGAGAAGACCGCUUUUAUCUGCCCACUGGGGUUCUUUCAGUUCGAACGAAUGCCCCAAGGCAUAUCCGGAGCCCCAGCCACCUUCCAGAGGCUCAUGGAGAGAACUCUGGGGGAUAUGAAUCUGUUGGAGGUGCUGGUGUACCUGGACGAUUUGAUAGUGUUUGGAUCGACUUUGGAGGAACAUGAGGAGAGACUGUUGAAGGUGUUGGGCCGGCUUAAUGAAGAAGGGUUGAAGCUUUCCCUGGACAAAUGCCAGUUCUGCAAGUCGUCGGUUAACUACAUUGGCCAUAUCAUUUCGCGAGAAGGAGUGGCUACUGAUCCAACCAAGAUAGAGGCUGUGACCACCUGGCCGAGACCCCAAAAAGUGGGUGCUCUGCGCUCAUUUUUGGGGUUCUGUGGGUAUUACCGGCGAUUUGUGAAAGGAUACGCCAAAGUGUGUCACCCGUUAACUCAGCUGUUGUGUGGCUAUCCCCCGGUGGGGAAGAAGAGGACGGGGAACCAGAGGCAGGAUGCUGGAGGAUACUGGAACCCGGCGGAACCUUUUGGCUCGAGAUGGGAUGAUCAAUGUGAAGAGGCGUUCCGAUCUUUGAAAAGGGCACUGACCCAGGCCCCGGUGUUGGCUUUUGCCGAUCCCCAGAAGCCAUAUGUGCUGCACACGGAUGCCAGCCGAGAGGGUCUCGGGGCUGUUCUGUACCAGGAGCAUGGCAAAGCAUUGAGGCCGGUAGCCUUUGUCAGCCGAAGCUUGUCGCCAUCGGAGAGAAACUAUCCCACUCACAAGUUGGAGUUCCUGGCGCUGAAGUGGGCGGUGGUGGACAAGCUGGGCGAUUACCUUUACGGAGCCAAGUUUGAGGUGAGAACGGAUAACAAUCCUCUCACUUAUAUUUUGACUUCGGCGAAGCUGGAUGCCACAGGACAUCGGUGGCUGGCGGCAUUGUCGGUAUAUGAUUUCAGCCUGAGGUACCGCCCCGGAAGCAAGAAUAUCGAUGCGGAUGCAUUGUCUCGUCGGGAGCCGGGGGAGGAGGAGAAGGACGAGGAGUGGGAGAGUGUCCCUGCCCCUGGAGUGAAGGCGAUGUGUCAGUUUGUUAUCACCGUGAAGGCCGAGGGAAGAGGGAGGCUGGAACGAGCCGUGGACCAUUUGGGGGUUUUUGACGACGCCAUACCCCUAGUUUACUGUGACCUGACCGCUCUGGGGACUAAACAGUUGCCGGAACUGAGUCCGGGGGAAGUGGCAACUGCUCAGCAAAAUGACCCGGGCAUUGGCACAGUGUGGAGAGCGGUCGAGAAGGGGGAUGGGGCGUUGGCUGAGAAGGCGAAACACCCAUACGUGCCUCUGUUGUUGAAGGAGUGGUCUCGGUUGAAGUUAAAGAACAAAAUCUUGUACCGGGUAACAACGCCUCCGGACCAACCCCGCUGUUGGCAACUGGUCCUGCCAGAGGAGUAUCACCAGACUGUACUCCAGGCCUUACAUGAUGAUUCUGGACAUUUGGGGGUGGAAAAGACAUAUGGAUUACUCAAAGACUGGUUCUACUGGCCCCGGAUGAGGGGGGACGUCGAAGAAUACUGUAGGGGAUGCCGUCAUUGCAUCCAGAGGAAGACCCUGCCAGCGUUGGCGGCUCCACUGUCGCACUUGCAGAGUGCGGGACCUCUGGACCUGGUAUGUAUGGAUUUCCUGUCGAUUGAGCCUGACACCAGCAACACCGCGAAUGUAUUAGUCAUCACCGAUCAUUACACUCGCUAUGCUCAGGCAUUUCCCACCAAGGAUCAGAAGGCGACGACAGUGGCGAAGGUGCUAUGGGAGAAGUACUUUGUGCAUUACGGCCUUCCCAGGCGAAUCCAUAGUGAUCAGGGGCGGGACUUUGAGAGCCGCCUUAUCCAGGAAUUACUGACUAUGCUUGGGGUUGAGAAAUCCAGGACUACCCCUUACCACCCACAGGGAGAUCCUCAGCCAGAGAGAUUCAACAGGACCCUGUUGGAUAUGCUUGGGACGCUGGAGAUUGGGCAGAAAAGCAGGUGGAGUCGUCAUAUUGGACAAUUGGUUCACUGUUACAAUUGUACUCGCAAUGAGGCUACAGGGUAUUCACCCUAUUAUCUGAUGUUUGGGCGGGAAGCGAGGUUGCCCAUUGACGUGUGUUUUGGAGGUGGAGUGGGUGAAUUUCCCGGGAAGUCCCAUCUAAAGUACGUGUCCGACAUGAAGAGGGAGUUACAGCGGGCGUACGAGUUGGCCGAGGCGGCGGCUACCAAACAAAAUCAGCGGAAUAAGAUGCGGUAUGAUCGAAAGGUGAAGUUUGUACAAUUAUUACCGGGCGACCGGGUCCUUUUACGGAAUUUGGGACUCCCUGGUAAGCACAAGUUGGCAGAUCGAUGGGCGGCCAGCCCCUAUGUAAUAGAGAGCCAGAUGCCGAACCUGCCAGUUUACCGGGUGAAACCCGAGGAUGGAAAAGGGCCUAUCAAGGUACUCCAUAGGAAUCACCUGCUGCCACUGGGUCAAGCGGUGCAGGUGGAUAAGGAGCCCGAGUGGGAGGUUACGCCCAGUACAAGGACUCUGCGAGGGAGCGGAGAACGGGAAGAGCCCGCUGCUGAAGAGCGGGGACGGGUCCCUCACUCGGGAAUGGCUACCGAUUCAGAGGAGGACGACUCAGAUGAGUGGGACCUGUUCCCAUUCGCUAGUGCUCCAGUACCAGGAGAGGAGGCUCCUGGCCCUUCCCAUACUGAAUUGGGUGAGAGGAGGGAAGGUCUUGAGGGUCAGAUGGAGAGGCAGCCUACAUUGGUGGGAGAGAGGGUGGAAUCUGAGCGUGAGCCGGAGAGAUCUCGGGUGAGGGAGGACCCCUGUGAGGAAGGGGGUGCGGGUCUGUCAGGUAGACCUGGGGUGUCCGAGACAGUGGGUUCGCAGGUGACGAGGGAGCCCAGUGGGGCAGAAGGGGUAUGGAGAUCUCAGAGGAUUAGGCGCCCCCCAGAGCGGUUGACAUAUGUGGUACCGGGAGAACCGAGUGUGAUUUCUACUGCUCUGGGUAGUUAUGUCAUUGCCUUCUGCACCUGGGUUGGGUUUUGUGUGUUGCAAGAAGCUUUGGGGACCUCUGAGGUGCUGGUGUACCUGGACGAUUUGAUAGUGUUUGGAUCGACUUUAGAGGAACAUGAGGAGAGGCUGUUGAAGGUGUUGGGCCGGCUUAAUGAAGAAGGGUUGAAGCUUUCCCUGGACAAAUGCCAGUUCUGCAAGUCGUCGGUUAACUACAUUGGCCAUAUCAUUUCGCGAGAGGGAGUGGCUACUGAUCCAACCAAGAUAGAGGCCGUGACCACCUGGCCGAGACCCCAGAAAGUGGGUGCUCUGCGCUCAUUUUUGGGAUUCUGUGGGUAUUACCGGCGAUUUGUGAAAGGAUACGCCAAAGUGUGUCACCCGUUGACUCAGCUGUUGUGUGGCUAUCCCCCAGUGGGGAAGAAGAGGACGGGGAAUCAGAGGCAGGAUGCUGGAGGAUACUGGAACCCGGCGGAACCUUUUGGCUCGAGAUGGGAUGAUCAAUGUGAAGAGGCGUUGCGAUCUUUGAAAAGGGCACUGACCCAGGCCCCGGUGUUGGCUUUUGCCGAUCCCCAGAAGCCAUAUGUGCUGCACACGGAUGCCAGCCGAGAGUGUCUCGGGGCUGUUCUGUACCAGGAGCAUGGCAAAGCAUUGAGACCGGUAGCCUUUGUCAGCCGAAGCUUGUCGCCAUCGGAGAAAAACUAUCCCACUCACAAGUUGGAGUUCCUGGCGCUGAAGUGGGCGGUGGUGGACAAGCUGGGCGAUUACCUGUACGGAGCCAAGUUUGAGGUGAGAACGGAUAACAAUCCUCUCACUUAUAUUUUGACUUCGGCGAAGCUGGAUGCCACAGGACAUCGGUGGCUGGCGGCAUUGUCGGUAUAUGAUUUCAGCCUGAGGUACCGCCCCGGAAGCAAGAAUGUCGAUGCGGAUGCAUUGUCUCGUCGGGAGCCAGGGGAGGAGGAGAGGGAUGAGGAGUGGGAGAGUGUCCCUGCCCCUGGAGUGAAGGCGAUGUGUCAGUUUGUUAUCACCGUGAAGGCCGAGGGAAGAGGGAGGCUGGAACGAGCCGUGGACCAUUUGGGGGUUUUUGACGACGCCAUACCCCUAGUUUACUGUGACCUGACCGCUCUGGGGACUAAACAGUUGCCGGAACUGAGUCCGGGGGAAGUGGCAACUGCUCAGCAAAAUGACCCGGGCAUUGGCACAGUGUGGAGAGCGGUCGAGAAGGGGGAUGGGGCGUUGGCUGAGAAGGCGAAACACCCAUACGUGCCUCUGUUGUUGAAGGAGUGGUCUCGGUUGAAGUUAAAGAACAAAAUCUUGUACCGGGUAACGACGCCUCCGGACCAACCCCGCUGUUGGCAACUGGUCCUGCCGGAGGAGUAUCGCCAGGCUGUACUCCGGGCCUUACAUGAUGAUUCUGGACAUUUGGGGGUGGAAAAGACAUAUGGAUUACUCAAAGACCGGUUCUACUGGCCCCGGACGAGGGGGGACGUCGAAGAAUACUGUAGGGGCUGCCGUCGUUGCAUCCAGAGGAAGACCCUGCCAGCGUUGGCGGCUCCACUGUCGCACUUGCAGAGUGCGGGACCUCUGGACCUGGUAUGUAUGGAUUUCCUGUCGAUUGAGCCUGACACCAGCAACACCGCGAAUGUAUUAGUCAUCACCGAUCAUUACACUCGCUAUGCUCAGGCAUUUCCCACCAAGGAUCAGAAGGCGACGACGGUGGCGAAGGUGUUAUGGGAGAAGUACUUUGUGCAUUAUGGCCUUCCCAGGCGAAUCCAUAGUGAUCAGGGGCGGGACUUUGAGAGCCGCCUUAUCCAGGAAUUACUGACUAUGCUUGGGGUUGAGAAAUCCAGGACUACCCCUUACCACCCACAGGGAGAUCCUCAGCCAGAGAGAUUCAACAGGACCCUGUUGGAUAUGCUCGGGACGCUGGAGAUUGGGCAGAAAAGCAGGUGGAGUCGUCAUAUUGGACAAUUGGUUCACUGUUACAAUUGUACUCGCAAUGAUGCUACAGGGUAUUCGCCCUAUUAUCUGAUGUUCGGGCGGGAAGCGAGGUUGCCCAUUGAUGUGUGUUUUGGAGGUGUAGUGGGUGAAUUUCCCGGGAAGUCCCAUCUAAAGUACGUGUCCGACAUGAAGUGGGAGUUACAGCGGGCGUACGAGUUGGCCGAGGCGGCGGCUACCAAACAAAAUCAGAGGAAUAAGAUGCGGUAUGAUCGAAAGGUGAAGUUUGUACAAUUAUUACCGGGCGACCGGGUCCUUUUACGGAAUUUGGGACUCCCUGGUAAGCACAAGUUUGCAGAUCGAUGGGCGGCCAGCCCCUAUGUAAUAGAGAGCCAGAUGCCGAACCUGCCAGUUUACCGGGUGAAACCCGAGGAUGGAAAAGGGCCUAUCAAGGUACUCCAUAGGAAUCAUCUGCUGCCACUGGGUCAAGCGGUGCAGGUGGAUAAGGAGCCUGAGUGGGAGGUUACGCCCAGUACAAGGACUCUGCGAGGGCGCGGAGAACGGGAAGAGCCCGCUGCUGAAGAGCGGGGACGGGACCCUCACCCGGGAAUGGCUACCGAUUCAGAGGAGGAUGACUCAGAUGAGUGGGUCCUGUUCCCAUUCGCUGGUGUUCCAGUACCAGGAGAGGAGGCUCCUGGCCCUUCCCAUACUGAAUUGAAAAUGCAGAGGCACCGGCAGUUCAAUGUUCUUGCCGAGACGCUACAGGGAGGAUAGAGGUGGGGGGAAAUGAGAAGAAAAAUUCGAGGUUAUGAUUGGAGAGAGCAUUAUAGAAGCAUAGAAACAUAGGAAACAUACAGCACAAUGCAGGACAUUCAGCCCACAAAGCUGUGUCGAAAAUCUCCUUACCUUAGUAAUUCCCUAGUCUUACCCAUAGCCCUCCAUUCUUAUGGGCUCCAUGUACCUAUCAAUGAGUCUCUUAAACGACCCUAUCGUAUCCGCUUCCACCAUCGCCGCCGGCAGUCCAUUCCACGGACUCACCUUCACUGCGUAAAAAAAUAAUAACCUUGACAGCCCCUCUGUACCUGCUUCCAAGUACCUUAAAACGACGUUUUCCCGUGCUAGCAAUUUCAGCCCUGGGAAAAAACCUCUGACUAUCCACACAAUUAAUCGUGACCCAGCCUGUGGCCAGCUAUCUUAGCAGUCUAAGUUGGUGAUAGGACUAACAAUUGGAUCUGUUCGGGUCAGUGGUACACAGGAACACAAGUUAUAUGAACGCGGAGAACUGAACUGGUCGAUAUAAAUGUACAGUGUACGCGUCCAUGUGUUUAUGUGAGGAAACGUUGCGUAUUAACUUCGUGAGACGAAGCCAUUCGUUGCGAAGGGUGUUUACCGACGGUUCGCCACGCCAGAGUGUGGGCGUGUAUACUCGUUUGGGAAGCUGCAUUUUAGUGGUUACGUUUUGCAAGAGUGAUGCAAAGGAAUACAGAAGGCAUCAUGGGUUCAAGUGCUCACAAAUGUCAGAUUGUGGAGUACAUACUCUUCGGUUUUAACUGUGUGCUGUUUAACUGUUACCCGUCCUUUAUAGUUUGCGUAGUGUGGGGAUGAGCGUGUAGAUACAUCAAGGAGAGGUUUUACCCAGACAGAUCAAACAGAGUGGCACCUACUAACUCAGGCAACACCAGGUCGAGAAUCCUCAUGAUCCGAGACAGCCCUUCACAUUGAUUACGACAAUUCAUAAGCCUUCAUCCGCGGGGAGAAACAGAGCACGCUGUCGGAGCUGACAUCACUUAAAGGAGCAUGUGGAAAACAAGAAUUCUGGCGUGAGCUUUAAGAAAUGGUUGAAAUUCAUCUGAUGCAACCUAAAGUUAUACACAUUUUGGUGAAAGCGACUUGUCCGAGGAAUAUAUGGGGCAGGAUGGCCCAGGGGGUUUCUGGAUGGUACCUGCGCAACUACCAGGAACGCCAGCAAUGCAGAAAGAUAUCACUUUUUUAAAGUGAAGUGAGGCAGCGACUGGAGGGAGGUGAGAGCAGCUGGGGAACGAUAAUGCAGUGAUUCAAAAAUCUGAUGGUACGCUAUGGAUUAUGCAGAACGUAAGUUUCAAGCGUAUGAGGAGUAUUCAGUGAGGGAGAGUAAAGUGGCUAUAGUGGAUGCAGCUGCUGCGAUGUCAGAGAGAGUUUGUUUUGCUUACCGGCGACCAGGGCACGAAGCAAGGAACUGCUAGAUUGGAGGCUGAAGGAGGGAAAAUGCCUUGAUAUGCCACAGGUGUCACCAUUUGGGACAUGGUUGGAGGCGGUGUCCGAAACGGAGGAAAGAAGAACAGGUGAACAUCAGAGCAGACACACAAUCUCUCACCCCACCGGUGCCCAGUCUGCCAGCCUGACUGCCGAUCAGAUCAAAGUGCUAGUAAAGAUGGCUCCUAGGUGAGAAAUAGAUGAGAUGGUGGGCCCCAUUACCAGCACUGGUGACCCAAGGAUUAAUACAACAACAUUGUUAUAGGGACAGCAAUGCAAUAUGUUAGUGGACACAGGAGCAUCGGCAUCGAUAACAGACCUACCCUUGCCAACAACCGGACGGGUCAUUUAUAUUCGGUGUGUUGGAGUGAAAACUGUGAAAACAGAAAGAAGCGAGUCGCAAAUACUCGAAAUCGGGUGAGUGCAGCUUCGUGUGUAUUUCUGGGUAUCUCCAAAUAUCGAGGGAAUUAUCCUUAGAAUAGACAUCCUGCGGGAAGCAGGAGCUUCGGGAAAGGGAAAAAUAACAUGGACAAGUCAGGGGCAGCGACCGCGUGCAACCAACAGUAUACACAACCUGGCUAUUAUAGUCGCAGCUGCCCCGAUCACUAGAGACUAGAGCCAGGAUAGGGUCUACGGGUUACUUAGUCAGCGGUUCCCAGCAGUGUAGGCGAUACACAAGCAAGAUUGUGGUCGUGUAAGGAUAAACCCAGUUAAAAUAGCGGAGGGUCUGUGUAAAACCUAUAAACAAUACCCUAUAAAAACUGACCGACUGCCAGCUGUCCAGCGUAUAGUGAAGGAACAAAAACACCACGAGAUACUGGGAGAGACUGCAGCCACCUCUUACUCGCCUAUAUGGACAGUAAAGCCGAGUGGGUCAUGCUUAUUAACAUGCUGUACCGCCGUUCAGACCAUGACAAGAAUGCAUCCCGUAGUGGGGGCCUGGCAACAAUCUUGAAUGGCUUGUCUCCAGAACAUCAAGCUGUUCCAGUUCCUCCGAGGACAGAUAUUACUGCGAAUACGGCAGCAAAAGAACUAGACGCAAUUGAAAUUGCAAGUGUGCAGCAGGAAAAGACAGAAACCAGUUUAGUAAAAUUAUCUGAAGAGGUGGAUGCAGAAGAAAAGGAUACGUGGCAGCGAAAAGGAGCAAAGGACGGAUCAGAGGGGACAUCGGCAUACGGGAGGGAACAGUCGCGAUGGACGCACCAUGUAUUAGGUAGAUAUUAGUGAAGUUAUAUCAUGGGGUAAUUACAGGUUGCAGGGAGCCUGGGGCUUUCAGGGACAGAAUGACACAAUACAUGAACGACUUUUGUAAUCAACUUCAAGUGUUGAAGGGCCGAGCGGAACAACAGCAGCACAUCAGUGAUCAGUGAUAGCCAGAGGGAAGAAAGGCAGUCCUUCCACAGCUCGGCGACCAAGUCCUGCUGAGGGUGCAGCCGGAAAGGCCAGUGUUUGCCCCCAGAUGGAUAGGAGCGCAGAUGGUACUCUUAACCAAUCAUACAUGUAUAUGUGUGCAGACCUGUCGAGGCAACCAAUGGAAACACCGGACUCAGGUUACAGCAUACGACUCACCCUUUUGUUGUUCCCACAGAAAGAUCGGGGGAUCAAGUGUACUCAGUAACUAGGAGAGGAACAUCAGCCGGCCAUGCCAGACCUGGCCACAGCUGAUGAAAAGAUACCUGGAGGAAACGCGAAGGCGGAAAACGCCAAGAGCGUGGCGGGAGACACAGAGAGUGUGACAAAAAACUGAAUAGCUUACUAAAGUGUGAUGAUGAUGGUAAGCUGUAAUGAAAGCUGUUGCUGAAGUAGAUGAUCAGUUGAAUAGCAUAGAAUAGAAAAUAUAUUGGGAAAUAGAUGGGCAGGGAUUUUUUAAAGAUAACGAAGAGACAGCAAGUUCCACAAAUUUGUUGGCAUUUCAGAUUGCAUACAGUAUCUGAAGCAGUCACUCCCCGUCUGAGGAUUUGGGUCCUUUCAGCAGACGGGCCAGUGAUCGACUGGACAUGUUCGGAAGAGGGUGCCAUCGGGGAGAGGUCCUCACAGACAGGUCCUUCCUGUAUAUCGAUGAGAAGGCCUGUGGGUGCUCUGAGAAAUAGAGUUUAAGCGACCAGAGAAUGAAGGGGUGAAGACAAAGAAUGUGAUUAAGAUGCAGUCGGCCUGCAGGAACAGGGCCGACAGGCACACGAAAGAAGCCACAUUUCUAAAGACUUGUUCAAAUUUCUAGAACAACCCCUCUUCUUAAGAGUUGGAAGGUAGCGACUAGGUAGAUACCUGCACACAAAAUUGUGGGGGAGGGCAGAAUUUCCAGACAGGUCGUUUUUGCUGCCCUAUUUCAAGUCAAGUCAAGUCACUUUUAUUGUUAUUUCGGCCAUAACUGUUGGUACGGUACAUAGCAAAAAUGAGACAACGUUUUUUUUUUCAGGACCAUGGUGUUACAUGACAUAGUACAAAAAAUAGACAGAACUAAGUAAAAACCAACACAGAAAAAAACCACACUGGACUACAGACCUACUCAAGAAUUUGACUAGAUCCCCCUAAGUUGUCCUUUGCUGGUACAAGCUUGUUUUUGUUCAGGAGGGCCAAGAGGAAGGACUGUUAAGAGUGAUUUUUGGGUUUCAGGUCAUUUACAUUUAACAAACGACUUUGGCUACCAGUCUUCUGUCUAUUGAUAGUGGAAUCUGGAUUUCAUUUGGAACAAUGAUUUUUCCUGAAGCACUGUGCCUGUGUGAUAGAUGGAAUCAGAAGGUGUGGUUUGUAUGGAGUUUCGAAAGAAAGCAUUGCCUAAACUUCGUAAAUAUGAAAUUGUCCUUUGUGUUUAGCAAAUAAAUAACGAUCCCCAUAUGGGCUAGCAGCAUUACGAUCACAAAAGCGUCUCCAUAUGAUGCCUACUGCACCUUGUUUGUCGAAUAAAGAAACUGCUUUG